AUGGCAGCCAAUAACGUUCAUUCUACCCCCAUCCAGCCGAAAUACAUUCUCCGCAACCCCUUUGAAGUCGGUGAGAACACUAAGAGCAUACAACUAAUCCGUAUCAAAGACAACGAAUCCUUCCUCGGUUUCCCCAUCCCGGACAAAAAAGUCUCAACUCCCAAAAACCCCGAAUGGAAAACCAGUCUCGCCUCCGCCAUUCUUCCCACAGCCGGUGUUCCUAUCUCCCGUAUUCUCAAUCACCCCAACAUCAUCGGCCUCGUCGACAUAAUCCACACCGACUCCUUAGCUGGCUCCACCAAACACGCCGGCAUAACGGCCAACAUCGCCGUCUACGAAGACAUGAAUCAAGGCUCCCUCGAUCUCAUCCUGCCCAACCCGGAAGUCUACCCCAAAUUCACCGAUAUGGCCGCCUGGCGCGCCCUCGCUACUCAGAACCCGAAUCGCUUUUCUCUGCCUGAAAGCUUGUGUUGGCAUGUCUUGUCGAAUAUCAAUAAAGCGCUGUUGUGGUUGCAUACGGGGGUUAAACAGACGGAUUCUAAGGAUGAUUGGCAGAAACAUGAUGAUGAUUGGCAGCCGAUUUUGAUCAGGGAUGUUAGUCCGAAGCAAAUCUGGUUUAAGAGGGUGGGUGGGGGUGCCACGUAUGGGGAGUGUAAGUUGGGGGGGUUUGGGAAGGCGGUUGUUACGGGGUUUCCGGGGGGGGAUGUGGCGAAGAGUGAGAAGAAGGAGGGGAUGGGGUGGUGGUAUCAACCUCCGGAACAACUCGCCGGCACCGAAACGUGGGGGCCAGCCUCGGAAAUUUGGGCCCUAGGCGCAACGGUCUAUACGAUGAUGACGGGGAUCCCACCGCCCCAACAAUUCGAUUACAAGUGGACGAUCUCGAGGUUGAGCGAUAAGGAAUUCACGAGUGGGUUGAGGGAAAUCGUGUCGGAUAUGUUGAAGACGAGGAGUAGUGAGAGGCCUACGACAGCACAAUUGGUAGGGCGCAUUGAGCAGGGGUGGGAAGAUUGGAGGGAGACGGAUGAUGCGAUUGGCUAUGUGGAUUGGAAGGAUAAGAGUAAGGGAAAAGAGGUUAAUUUGGAUGGGGAGGUGGAGGAGAUGGGGAUGCCGGGGUGGGGCAUUAUUAGUGGUGGGAGGUGA